AUGGCCGGGCCAGGCACAGCACGGCCAGGGGCAGCGGUGGCCACGGCCCGCCGAGCGCAGCCCUCCUCCCUGCUCCUCCGUGCUCGCGGCCGGGGCGGCGGCGGCCACGGCCGGGCCAGGCGCAGCCCUCCUCACGGCUCAUCCGUGCUCGUGGCCGGGGCGGCGGCGGCCGAGGCGCGGCGGCGCGGCUGCCCGAGGAGCAACGGCGUGGACCGAGGCGCGGCCAGCCUCCUCCAUGCCCGCGCCCUUCCCCCGUGCUCGCGCCCCUCCUCCACGCUCGCGGCCCUCCUCCCGUCAACGCCGGGGCCCUCCCUGCCUCCAUGCUCGCCGCGGCGGGAGCCUCGGCCGGCCGGCCAGGCGCGGGGGCAGCAGGGCGACGACCUCGGGCAUGCGCGGAUGCGUGGCCAAGCUUCAUCCGAUUUGGAGGAAUUAACUUAA